AUGGCCGAGUCCCUCUUCAACACCCAACGCCAUGUCAAAUAUUAUCUCCGAUGUCUGAAAACCUUCCUCCCGUCAGCCUAUAUCCCAAAUGAUUCCAAUCGCAUGCUUCUCGCCUAUCUAACUCUCUCCGGUCUCGACAUUCUCGGCGAGCUACAAAACAGUACCACGCCGGAAGAGCGACAAGGGUAUAUUAAUUGGCUCUACCACUGCCAGGUGCCAUCGGGAGGCUUUCGAGGAUAUUCAGGCACAGACUUUAGUGCAGAGAGAAGGGCCGCAGAGAAUGAGGCCUGGGAUCCAGCUAAUGUGGCAGCUACAUUCUUUGCGCUGGUAAACUUGCUCAUUCUGGGAGAUGAUCUGUCGCGCGUGAAACGAAGAGAAAGUUUACAGUGGCUUCCAAAACUGCAGCGCAGUGAUGGAAGCUUUGGCGAGGUUCUCGGGCCUGGUGAGGUAAUUCAAGGUGAUCGCGACUUACGGUACUGUUGUUGUGCAGCCGGCAUACGAUAUAUGUUGCGAGGGAACAGUCAAGAAGUCGAGGAUGUUAAAGACAUUGAUGUUUCGAAUUUAAUUUCCUUUAUCGAAGCGUGCCAGAAUUAUGAUGGCGGUAUGGCGGAGUCUCCCUUUCGUGAAUCUCACAGUGGCCACACAUAUUGUGCAGUUGGAUCUCUCGAGCUUCUGCGCCGGUUAAAAGUUGACACCCGAUCGGUGAAGUUGUUGUCACCGGGAACUGAGAAUUUUGAGGCCCUGGUCGGCUGGUUAGCAUCACGGCAAACUAGCGAACUGGGCGAAGAUGACGACGAGGAUGAAGAAGAUGACGAGGAUGAAGCUAACGGCGAGUCGCGUGAAACUGCAAGGAGUGCCCAGGAUGCGGAUUCGGCCCCCGACGCAAAGUCGGAGUCCAUAGAAGAUCGCAUCCUUGCGCUUCCCGAGAGCAUAGCACUAUCAGCCGACUCAAUACCCUGUGCUGGAUUUAAUGGACGAUGCAAUAAAAUAGCAGACACCUGCUAUUCCUUCUGGAACGGGGCAACGUUGGUGAUGCUGGAUCGGUAUUCCGUGAUAGACGACGUGCGGAACCGGCGAUAUCUUUUAGAAAAGGUACAACACCUUGUCGGUGGGUUUGGAAAGGCAGUUGGUGAUCCUCCAGAUCUACUACACUCAUAUUUCGGAAUGGUCUCUCUUGCCUUCCAAGGCGAGGUGGGACUUGCCCCAGUCGAUCCGGGACUGGUUACUACAGAAAGGGUAGUCCAGCAUCUUGAAUCGUUACCAUGGCAUUUAGGGCACUAA